ACGAUCUAUUUCCCCCCAAUAACUAUGACAUCAAGCCAGAUGAAGUCCGAUCUAUGACUCCGUUCUAUAUGUCCCCGAAUCAAAAGUUCUAAUCCUAUAUCUCCCCGAAUUAAAAGUUUGAAAUCCAGAUGUCCCUGAUAUAAUAGUUCGACGGUUAUAUCUCCACAGAGCUGGCUUACGACGGUUUACUGUUUUCUUAACCGGAUAAUAAACCUACUAAACCUAAUUAUACCCGACUAAACCAAGAUUUUGACCCGAUUAAAACCCGAUUAGAGUCUACCCAAACAUUCCCAAAUCGAAACCCUAAAAACUAAAUUCCCAAAUCGAAACAGACGACGAACCCUAGAGAAAGUGAGAGAAUCGAAGCUUGGUAGUUUCAGGAUCUUGAAAUCGAAGCUUUCGAUGGCUAUUGUCGUUCCUAAUCCGGAUUUAGUAGGAGAUGUCGAUCCCGAAGCUGAAGAUAGAGAUCGAGUUCUGAUGCAUGAAAUGAUAGAGGAGUUCAUCGACGAACCACCAAUUCGCCAUGAUGAGUAUCCGGAGAGCGAUACAGAGGACAACCACGCCGGUCAAGGAGUGUUUCAGACACAUAUAAGGCGCGGUGAUGGGCAUUUGUACCCUAACCAGACAUUCUUUAGUGGAGUCGCUUUCAAGGAGGCUGUAGUGGAUUAUGCUCUGCGAACUGGAUGCAAUCUGAAGCAGUACAGGUACGAUUCCGAUAAAAUUGGGUUCAAAUGUGUUGGUUGCGAUGGUACAGAAGGAUCAAAGUGUUAUUGGCAAGUGUAUGCAGCGAUUCUUAAGAGUGAUUCGAUGUGGAAGAUUAGGAAGUUUAUAGAUAAGCAUAGUUGUAUCCCAAAUGGUGAAUAUGAGAUGUUUAAGGUGCCUCAUAUUGCUAGGUUAUUUGUUGAUAAGAUUAGGGACAAUCCUGAGUUUUACAUGCCAGCAAAGCUUGAAGAAAUCAUUAAGGAACAAUGGAAGAUUAGUGUUACUAGGCCACAGUGUCAGUCUGCGCGGAAAAAGGCACUACAGUGGAUUGAGAAGGAGUACGAUGAUCAGUUUGAUGUUGAAGGCUGA